UUUGCGAAGUUCAUCUUCGGGUCAAAAGUAAGGAUGAGUUCAAAGAUGGGCAUGAUCGGUUAGGUCGGUGGGGGUCUUUUAAGUGGUUAGGGACUGAAAAAAUUUCAAAUGUCAUAGAAAAGUCCCAAAUUUGUCGUAGGAAAUUGAAAUUUUGACAACGGGUGAGACCGUAGGGACUAAUCCAUACAGAUUUUUCAAAAAUAUGCCACUCCACCAGUCAAUGGUCGUUUUGACCGACAACCGCAACGCCUGACUCGGGCUAAAUAAAGGCUGCACAUUGGAAAUUUCAAGUUUACUAUUAGACAUAAUACCCUCGAGAUUUUUAGCUUAAAAAAUCAAUCAAAAAAUUACGAUGAUUUCAUCUUUCAGAAUUAAAUCUCUAUGUUUGCCCAUUCAAAAGUUAUUAAAGGUCAAAGUAGUUGGUGUCUGUGCGAUGGACUUCAGACACCAAUGAUUUUAAAAAUAAUUAUUUUAUUUGCAACUCGACCAUUUGUCGCAACCGUUAAAGGAGACGCGUUACCUAGAUACUUAAGGUCAAGCAAUCGUGCGUGCAUGGCUACAAACUCACGUAAAAAAACACAGACGCGCCACAAAGCAUGAAAGAAUCCAGACAAAAGUUAUCAGUAAAUUAGCAGGUGCAUGCACUUCAGGCAAAUGUGCAUUUUCAAAUUUCAUGUUUAUACGAUUCCAAAAUUCUUUGCGAAAUGAGUCUACACCUCGACGAGUACUUUGCAAUCUGCGAAAUUCGUCCAGAAAUUGGGCGCAACAGGUUUGAGGAGCCGGACGAAAGUGAGGAAAGGUAUGAAAGCAUCCGCCGAAUUUUCGACAACUUGUGCUUCAUCCGGAAACAGAGAGUCUUGAAUUCUCCAGACAAUGAGAAAAAGUUGGAAAUCUUGUACUCCACGCCACGCUCGGUGGCACAUCGGGCAAAGUCCUCGCCGGCUGUCGACCUCAGCCCGGAACUCAGAGCGAGGACGGCCGAGGCUCGCAUGGACUUUGGAAAUGUUCCGGUACAAUUUUUGCAAUCUCUCGGCAACUAUUUGGACCACGGAACAUUGUUGAGGUGUCGAUUAGUGUGCCACUCUUGGAAUCAGGGGAUGACCACGGGAUCGCCGGCAGUGCUCUUGGAUAGGACCGUGUUCCGACUGAACCAGUCCCUCGAUCUGGUGGAACGUUGUAACACGCAGGUGAAAUGGCGUCACGUCAAAACUUCAUUUUUCCCCUGUAUCGAAACCCAAUCGGUUUAUCAUCAGAAAUAUUUGGUCAAUAAACUCCACCAGGAUGCCAUGAAUAAUAACAAAGAGCGAAAAAUUGGACAAUUUUCACCUCUAUUUUGUCGCGUUACAAGUCUCACCGUGACAAAUGUGGAGCUCAGCAAGGAUUGUUUUCUCAAAUGGCUGACCACCUGUGCGUCUGGCACCCUGCGAACCGUCGAGUUCCACUCGUGCGUUGUAAAGAAGUCUAAAAUCAUUUGGAAAAGUCGGGGUGGCGAGAAAGGUUCGGAAACCGGAGGGAUUUCGACCCUUAAAGGAAAAAAUAUGAGCUUGGCGUCACUCGUGGAAUUUGGCACGAUCAUCCUCGUCGUUUCGAAGGCGUUAAAAGUUUUGGAAAUUGGGGUCCGCCAAACGCACGAGAUUCAGCGGAUCCGCAGAACUAAACUGGAAACGGACCUCAGUUCCGUGCUCCUCGAAAUAGUAACCACGCACGGAAGAUCACUGGAAUCAGUGGAGGUCACUUUGCCCCCAUUUUCCCAGGGGGACGGAUUCUGCCAACUUUUCACCCGACUGGGAGCAUGUGUCUGGCCGAAAUUGGAAAAUUUUGGGUUUACCGUGAUCAAAAAUGGGGACGAGAAGGUCACAAUUUUGAACCCGAGGGAGCUUGGAUUUUUGGGGUAUGAUCAUGUCACCCGGAUUGUGGAGAGAUUGGUCCGAGGAGGAAAACUGAAGCGGUUAAGUGUUCCAUUCUGGGUUUGUAAGGAUCCCCACAGUUCUGAAAAGGCGUCGAUCUUAUACACCGCUUUGCUAAACCUGCAUGAACUUGGGGCUCAAUUUCGCCUCGUGAAAAGUGAUAACGAAAAUUCAGGAAACUUUGAAAAUUUUGAGGUUGAAGAUUUAGACAAUCUUCAGAAAUCUCGUGAGGUUGAGGUUAACAAUGGGGUCAAGGAGAAUAACUACGUGAAUCCUCUGCUGUCCAAAAUAUUUGGCGAGGUGCCACGACUCUUGACUAAAUUGGUCAUUUACGGAACAGUUUUUCCAGCCCGAUUGAAAAGAUGUUUCCCAUUUUUGAAAGAACUCCGCAUCGUCUCUGACAUGGUCACUCCGACGGAUUUUGUCCGGAUUUUGGACGCUUUCCCAAAAUUGGAGUCGCUUUGUAUCUCCGAAGUUAAAGACUUUGAGGACGUCACUUUGAUGGGGGUGGAACCCAAAUUGAUGCAAUUCCUCAAAGAGAAGAGUUUAUCCAGGAGGAAGAAUAAAAUGGAGAAAAAUCAUGCCCUUUUUCACCUUCAGAAUUUGCGAAUUCUUCGCCUUCACGGAGCCAUGGAGGUUACAGACAUGGGAAUUCUCCACUCUUUCACGGGAAUGAAAAACUUGGAAAUUUUGGAAAUGUCGGGGUCAAAGUUAAAUGUGAGUAACACGGGAUUGGCGUAUAUUGCUGCAAAUUGUCCCCAAUUGCGUGAAGUGGUGCUUGACUUGAGCAAGGAUACGAUUGAUGACGCUGGCAUUGAGGCAUUUUUGGGGCAGCUCCCACUCCUUCAGAAGCAUCGAGGAAGGAUCUCUGUCCUUUGAAUUGGUUCAGAAACGAUUAAAAUCAUGAUUUUUCAUUAGAAAUAUG